AUGAAGCUUGAUAUUGGCGCGGGCGGCGGCGGCCGGGAGCUGCGCGGCUCCCGCAACCGCACCCGGGCUGGCUGGGAUGGGCGGGAGGAGGCCGCCCUGCGGGAAAGUAUUAAAAGAAUUAGGAGUUUGAAUUUUUUAUCAUCAGAUGAUAACAAGACUGCGAUCUAUGGAAUAAAUCAGUUUUCUCAGUUGUUUCCUGAACAUUUUAAAGCUAUUUAUUUAAGAAGCAGACCUCACAAAGUUCCUAGAUACAAAAAAGUGGUGAAGAGAAAGGAAAUACCGUUACCAACAAAGUUUGACUGGAGGGACAAGAACGUUGUCACCCAAGUGAGAAAUCAGCAGACAUGUGGAGGCUGCUGGGCUUUCAGCACUGUGGGUGCAAUAGAAUCAGCCUAUGCAAUCAAAAGGAAUGAUCUGGAAGAACUCAGCGUACAGCAGGUCAUUGACUGUUCAUACAACAAUUAUGGCUGCCAUGGUGGCUCUACUGUUAGUGCUCUCAGCUGGAUGAAUCAGACACAAGUAAAAUUGGUGAAAGAUUCUGAAUACACUUUUAAAGCUCAAACAGGGCUGUGCCAUUAUUUCCAGCACUCCGACUUUGGAGUUUCAAUCACAGAUUAUGCUGCAUAUGACUUCAGUGGCCAGGAAGACGAAAUGAUGAAGAAGCUUGUUAACUGUGGACCUUUGGCAGUGGUAGUAGAUGCAGUUAGCUGGCAGGAUUAUCUGGGUGGGAUCAUACAGUAUCACUGCUCCAGUGGAAAAGCAAAUCAUGCUGUUCUCAUCACUGGUUUUGAUAGAACAGGCAGCAUCCCUUACUGGAUUGUACGCAACUCGUGGGGACGCACAUGGGGAAAAGAUGGUUAUGCCCAUGUUAAAAUAGGAAGUAAUGUCUGUGGUAUAGCAGAUACAGUUUCAUCUGUGUUUGUUUGACUGACUGGCCUAACAAAAAACCACCCUGCUGGCAGUUAUUUGUCAGAUACUGAGAUUCCAUAAGUUUACGCUUAUUCAAUAUGAAGAUAUUUUACUUCAAAAAUUUUUAAAAACUAUUUUAUUAUGAGGUGUUGGUCUCCUGGAUGUUAGAGACACAGCAUAGUCAGAAUUCAGCAAGCUGCUUCAGCUUCCAGAAUCUGAGCUGCCAAAUCUGAUUGGGGCUACACAGACAACUCCACCAAAUACCACACAAAGAAAGAUGACUUAAGGAUCCCAUUGUGGUGGUCAGUUUGGAAGUUUGAACUGUAUGGAACACCAAUUGAAAUAUUUAAUCUUUAACCCUAGAUGGAAGAUGUGGAGCACAGUCAGUUUCUUGGUCCCAAAUAAUGCCCACUGACAAGUCACUAACAAGGCCUAGAAAGUCACUAACACCACUGUUGGUUCAGAAUGAAAUGAUACAAGGAAAGAA